AUGGCUUCAUCUCUACUGGACCUGGAUGACUUAAUAGAAUUUCAAUUGGAUCGCCUAAAACUGGAUGAGCUCAACUUCAAGGAUGAGCUGCAACUACAAAGACAAUUGCUGGACUUGGAUGCAUUGCAAUGUCCCCAGCGACGCCACAAAUCCACGGCUAUGGCCACAUCCAAGUUGGCCAAUCAGCACCACCAGGCGCUUCAGGUGCCCGAAGCGUCGUCGUGCAUUGACUUGCCAACGAGUUUCAUGGUUGCAUCGGCCCAGGACGUGACUCCAGCAGCGGCCGCUACCGGAGCCAUAGCACGUUCCAGUAGUCGCAAAAGUCGAGCCAGUGCCGGUGUAGGAGGUAGUGUUCAAAAUGUAACCACCACCAAUGGCGGCAGCAUUGAAAUAGCCAUGGAAGAGCUUGGAGCCGCUGGUGGUGGUGCUGCUGCUGGCAGUGGCAGUACGGGAACGGCUGUUAAUCUGCGUAAUUGUCACAGUUUCAGUGACAGUGAAGACGAUGGUCUGGCAUUAGACCAGCAAAAAGAAUUUAGAUCUCUGGUAAUUGAAUGGUUUCAACAACUCCGCGCCAGAACUGAAGAUUUUAAAUCGGACGAAGAAUCGAGAAGGAUGCGAGAAGCCGGCAAUGAUUCCUAUCGUAAAGAAAGACAUGCUCUCAAAGCUUGUGACCUCUAUACGGAAGCAAUAUUUUUGGCGCCAUCACAAGACAGUAUAGCAGCCGCAAUGGCGCACGCAAAUAGGUCCACAGUAUUGCAUGACUGCGGCAUGUAUGAGCAAGCGUAUGAUGACUGUUUGUGUGCUUUGGAUUUGGGUUAUCCGGAGGAGUAUCAUCCAUUGAUUAAACUGCGUCAAGCCUCUUGUGCCUUAAAAAUGCGUAACUUCAGUUUGUGCGAACAGCAUUUGCAUGAGCUGUUACACAUGGAACUCUCGGAGACGUUUGAAGCCCGCACUCACGAACUCUGGCAUGAGUGCGAAGUUCUCAAAGCGGAAAAAAUCGAAAUGGGGGUUCAAACCGACAACGACUUAAUAAGUAACGGUACCAAAAUCUAUGAAGUAGCAUGGCUAGAUAAUACCAAUGUUAUAACGACUACCAAAAGCGCCUAUCUUAGGGCCAUUACCAAUAUACCCAACAACACACCCAUUUUUCAGGAAGAGGCCGCCGUCUUUGUGCCCAGCGGAGCGGCGAGAGUUUGUGAUCACUGUGGCAUCACACAGUUCGUACCAUUUCCAUGCAUUUUCUGUUCUAAUCGUACAGCCGUCUAUUGUUCACGCAAGUGCCGAGCGGCACACGCUUCCAUACAUGCUCUCGAAUGCUACGCUCACCAGAUCGAACUGUUCGAGGAGUUCGGCGUUGAGUUCUCGAAGCCGCGGCUGCUGCAGCUCGCCUUUCGCAUGCUCAUCAAUGGCCUGCCCCAAGUGGUGCCACACUGUCGCAAAAAACCCACAGUCAGCAAAAUGUGGAACGCCUUCAAUAGCAUAUUAACCGAACGCAAUUGCACCUCUUCGUCCACCUCGUUAGCUGCCUCGUCGACCUCCUACUCAGCACUGCUGCGCCUCGAAUCGCACCUAGAUAAAGAGGAGAAACCCAGUAUGGUCUCCUUUGCUAUUGUCGCACACAUACUCGCCAUCUACUUGGGCGAAUAUACCGAUUUCUUCGAACUACUCGAGCUGACAAUGCCCGCAGCAGCAAAGCUGACGCGCCAGGAAUGGGAAUUGCUCGCGUCGGCUUUGCUGUUGCGCCACAUAUGCCAGCUGCGGCACAAAAACCUCAUACACUGCCCAUCCUUUGUGCUGCCCGCCGAUCCUCAUGUCCUCUCGCCCAACGAUGAGUUCUCGCUGUGGGAAACGGUGCGACACGUGCGUCGCGGCUAUCUGCAUCUGGUGGCCGGCGACGUGACAACCGUAGCCUAUGCGGUAUUCCCCCAGACAUUGAGCCACUGCCGCCACUCCUGUGCCGAUAUGAUUUAUCGCAAGAUCAACGGUUGCAAGCUGACCGCCUAUGCGACCAGUGAUAUACCAGCAGAUGCCUGCAUUUGUAACUGUUUCGUUAGUGGGAACUAUCGACAAUCGCUGUAUAGCCAUCGCAAAUUGGAAUUGUCAGCACGAGGCAUUGAUUGCAAAUGCGAAAAGUGUUUUCGUCCAUAUCCCGAUGAGGAUUUUCAUAAAUUUCAUCGUUACCGCUGUGAUAAUCCAAACUGCAAACAAAUAUUUACACCUUCGAACCUGAAACGCACCCGUAAUCUGCAAUGGUGGAAGUCGGACUAUUAUCGCCGACCCGAAAACAAUGGUUCCGAACUGUUGGUCUGCACGGUGUGCGAUCAAACGCAAAAACUCGAAUGGUUUUGGACAUUUACGGCAGCGCUAAUGGACUGUGAUACCAUCGAAGAACGUUGUAAAUUGUAUGCGGCUAUCGAGCGGGCCGAUGCGCAACUAGUGGACACUCACGAAUUGAAGGUAGCACUGGCCCGACAAUUAGUCGAACAAUGUUUGUUAAUACACAGAGAGGGUACAAAACCAUUAGAUGAAUGGGAGCUGAAUAAAUUGGGUUCUAUAAUGCGAAGUGCUUUACAUAUUGUGGCGGCUCAGCAUCGUGUCUUCAGUCUAGAAUAUGUUCAACACAUGUCCUAUUUCUGGGACGUCAUGGCCCUGAGCAAUUACAAGUGCGGCGACAAGGAGCUAAUGCAAAUGCUGCACGCUCUGGAAUUCAUACCGGACGAGUACAAGGAGAUCUUUAUUAACUACUAUGAAGACUUUAUUGCACCAAAAUUUGUAGAGGAGAGCUAUGCUAAUAUACUGGACACGGAAGUGUAA